AUGAAGCAGUCUAUAAGAACUUCCCUUGUGGCUCUCGCAGCCUCAUGCUUGGGUGUUCAGGCCGCUGAUGGUUUGAUUAACGUGCCCGUUAAUCUCUGCGCAGCCAUCAUUGGAGAAGCCGAAUGCAACCAAAAGACUGUGACCAAUGGGUUGAUCAGUGUGCCUGUUAAUGCGUGUGCUGCAGUCCUUGGAGAGGCCCAGUGUGAACAGGCCUCUUUGUCUUCCAGGAGCGACGGCGGUGGCCUGAUUAGCGUGCCUGUUAAUCUCUGCGCAGCCAUCCUCGGAGAGGCCGAGUGCAAGCAAAAGACAGCCACUGCUGGUGGCUUGAUUGAUGUGCCUGUUGACGCCUGCGCUGCAGUUCUUGGAAAAGCCAAAUGCCACCAGGUCUCUUCCUCCUCCAGCAGUAGCAGCAGCAGUGGUGAUGGUGCUCUGAUCAAUGUUCCUGUUGGACUCUGCGCAGCCAUCCUUGGAGAGGCAGAAUGCAAGCAGAAGGCAGCCACUAGUGGUGGCUUGAUCAACGUACCUGUUAACACCUGCGUGGCUGCCAUUGGAAAAGCCAAGUGUGACCAGGCCUCUUCCUCCAACAGCGGCGACGGGUCCCUAAUCAAUGUGCCCAUCGAUGUUUGCCUGGCUGUCCUCGGCGAAGCUCUGUGCAAGCAGAAAUCUGACUCCAAUGGUGGUCUGGUCAAUAUCCCGGUCAACGUAUGCUUGGCCGUUUUGGGUGAGGUUGAUUGCCACGAUAGAUCGCCGCCGGCCACUGCCACCCCACCUUCCCCCGGGAAGCCCACCAUCCCGGCCGAGAUUCCAGGCAAGCCCACCGUCCCUGUUGUUGUGCCUGGCGAGACUCCCGUCCCUGUUGUUCCUGGCGAGACUCCGGUUCCCGUUGUGCCCGGUGUUGUUCCUGGCGAGACUCCGGUUCCCGUUGUGCCCGGUGUUGUGCCUGGAGAGACUCCCGUCCCUGUUGUGCCUGGCGAGACUCCGGUUCCCGUUGUGCCCGGUGUUGUGCCUGGCGAGACUCCCGUCCCUGUUGUGCCUGGCGAGACUCCCGUCCCCGUUGUGCCUGGCGAGACUCCGGUUCCCGUUGUGCCCGGCGUUGNNNUGCCUGGAGAGACUCCCGUCCCUGUUGUCCCUGGCGAGACGCCGGUUCCCGUUGUGCCCGGUGUUGUGCCCGGCGAGACGCCAGCUCCCGGUGUGCCUGGCGAGACCCCGGUUCCAGCCGUCCCUGGCGAGACUCCCGUCCCUGUUGUCCCUGGCGAGACCCCGGUUCCCGUUGUGCCCGGCGAGACUCCCGUCCCUCUUGUGCCUGGCGAGACUCCAGUUCCCGUUGUGCCCGGCGAGACGCCAGCUCCCGGUGUGUCUAGCGAGUCUUCCAUCCCUGCCGCUGAGGCUUCCACCACCCCAGUGACUGGCCCUAAAGGACCAGGCUCUGGUGGUCCCCCCGCUUCGGUUCCUGCAUAUACCCCUGCUCCUUCAGGAACUGUUGGACGCCCAUCCCCUACGGGCGCUUUUACCCGUGUCACUCCUACCUUCACUAGCGUGGUCACUGUCUGCAAUGCCGCCUGCCAGGGAUCUAAGACAUCUACCGGCCUUGUGGCUCACACUUCCCCUGCCUCCGGUGGUAGCGGAAGCAAGCCCAGCCCCAGUGCUAGCCCCAGCCCGAGCAUCAUUCCGUUCAACGCGGCUGGCCGUGCUACUUUGUCCUGUCUUGCCGUGGUGUUCGGAGCUCUCUGCGCUGUUGCUAUGCAGAUCUAA